GGAGGAGGAGGGGGAGGGGGAUGAGGGCAAGGGAGAGGGCGUGGCCGAGAGCCGGGUGUUCAACCUGAGGAAGCUCCACGGCCUGCCGUUCCACCUGGUGCGCUCGGGGCAGAUCGUGCCCUUCAUGACGCAGUGCGUGUUCCGCUAUGACUUCCUGCUGCAUAAGCUGCAGGGCCUGUCGGUCCUGGACGUGGAGGAGGAGCUGAAGUACGCCGUGCUGCCCGACAAGGUGAUUGCCGAUGUGGAGGUCCUAGCUGGGGCGCUGGCGCUGUCCCGUGCAGUGUUGGAGGAGGACCCCUGUCAACUGGCCUCCCAGAUCAUAGGACGCCUGGGUCAAAUACUGGCUGAAGACAAACCAGUGGCCCCAGGUGACCCACUGAAGUUCAGCUACCUCCACGCCCUGCUGAGUCAGUGUGCCCACUCCUCUCUGCCGGUCCUGGUGCCCUCCUACGCCUGCCUUCUGCCCCCUGGUGGCCUCACACACCACCUCCUGGCAGGUCACUCGUCCCCCAUCACGGCCCUGGGAGGGGGGCGGGGGGCCUCGGUGGCGGUCUCUUGCGCGGCGGACGGAGACAUCCAUCUGUGGGACCUGGAGAAGAGAGGCGUGGUCAGGACCCUGGGGGGCGUGGCGGCCGACCACCUGACCCUGGGGCUGGACGACAGCGUGCUCGUCGUCUGCACGGGACAGAGCCUGCAGGUCGACAGUUUAUUCUGA